AUGUCUACAGUGUCGCAAACGGCUACCGAAACAACACUUGAGUCGAAGUGCUCAGGAGCAGCAUGCCAGAAGCCCUCUGAAGCGAGUAUUAAAUCGAUUGUCCUUGGGGUGCUUAUUCCACUAGCUGUGAUUAUGCUUGGGCUUGGGGUUGUGCUCUAUAAGGUCUGGAAGAAAAACAAGCAGGAAGAAUUCGAGGACAACGAUCCUAAUUUCGAUGGGGAUGCGGAAUACGUCCCUGAUUUCAUGAACCAGGCCCAUUAUCCGACAUCCUACGAUGCCUAUCCGAGCAAAGAAGACACUACUGGGUACUAUCCUGACCAGACGCAAGGGAAGGUGGACAACCGGUUUGAACCUGCAUAUGUGAAAAAUUAG